GAGGGACAUCAAGGAUGCCGUGAGGGAGAGUCGUGCGCCGGCGCACGCUGCGGGGGAGCUUGUGUUCCUGCAGGCUACAACGACAUCAGCCGAUUCGCGCCCAACAUCGCGCCUUCAAGCUCCUCGCUUUCCUCUCCUCAAGGUACCUUUUCCUCUUUACUUGAAGAACAUGUACUACACGGAUACCAAGACAGAAAAGAGGAUGACAUGUGGGUCCAUCAAGAAAAAGAAAUUAAUAAAAAAACAAGAAAACAUAUUGAAAAGGACAGAGAAGAAAUUUAGUAUCAACUAACAUUGGAGAUACCCUGACAACCAACAAUGAACAAGUCCAACAAAAAGAUGGACGACCCAACGUCUUCCACAGAUCACAGCACUAGGUGUUAAUGUCUUGGAAUGUGAAAAGUCUCCGUGAGAAAUACUUCACUUUAUAGGUGUGUUGCUACCCUUCAUGAAUGACCAUUGCCUCUAGUCUGGCCUUUGUUGCUGCCCUUUCCGUCCCUUGGAGCUCCCUUCAUAAGUAAGCUUUGGAUGCUCGAUCCCUUUCCUCUUGAAACAUCCUGAAUCCUACAGCACCUUGGAAGUCUCUAAGAUGAGAAAUCCUUGCGGAUGCUGCCAGAGUAAGAUACGAUUUAUCAGGCAUAUAAAUGGCAAUUAUAUGCAUAGCAUGGUUAUACCUGAAUGGGUUAUAAACCAUUUUGGAAGAAAUAUCGUGGGGAGCAUCAAACUAGAAGCCCCUAAUGGUAACAUAUAUGAUGUUGGAGUUACUGUGAAGAUGAACACAACAUUCCUCCAGUCUGGAUGGAGGGCAUUUGUGGAUGCCAAUCAAAUAGAAGAAAAUUUUUGUUUGAUGUUUCGAUACCGUGGAACCUCCCGAUUUGAGGUUACAAUAUUUGAUUCCAAUGGUAAGGAGAAAGUCCCCUGCCGUGACUCGAUGGGUAGUGAUAGUGCUUCUCAGUCAUCAGCAGGCGAGGGAUCAGAUUCAACAGCAUAUUCUUCUAAGGAACUGCCAGCAGAAAACAAUCCAUCUCUAGAUGACUCUAUGGAGUCAGAUGAUCUUCAAGUGCUUUCAAAAUAUUAUGUCUUAUCAGGGCUGUGCGAUCUUACAGAAGAACAGCUGACAAAAUUACAUGCACUUGUCGGGAAAAUUAAACCUGAAAUCCCAGUGCUUGUUGUACUGAUGAAGAAGAGCAAUGUAAAUCAUAACUUUACUCUGAUAAUACGGAAGGAUUAUGCACGCGAGUACUUCCCACCCAAAAAUACAACUAUCAUACUCCAGCUGCCUGGGAAGAGCAAGCAUUGGAACUGCAAAUUCUACAUCCUGCCAUCUGGCGAGUCUAAAGCAGGUCGGUGCGACCUUAGUAUUGGAAACUUUGUCCGCGAUAAUCAUGUUCGAAAGGGUGAUAUCUUCCUCCUGCAACCAAUCACAAAAGUUAAGGGACACAUUUUUACGGUGACGGUCCAUCCACUUCACAAAGCAAGCAUUGAUCACUCCCCUGAUGGAAGUACUGAUAUUGGCUUAAAUCACGGUUGUGCAAGCACAAAGAUGGCCUCGACUGCCAGUGUUAAGGAAGAACCAAUUAUCGAUGAAAGCACAAAGACGGCCUUGACUCCCCGUGUUAAGGAAGAACCAACUAUCGAUGGUGAAGAGAUAUCAUUUUGGGGCCAUGCAGAGCAUGGAUCCUCUGACAGUUCCGAGGAAGAUUCCCAGCCUCGCAUCCUGUUAAAUCACGGUUGCGCAAGCACAAAGAUGGCCUUGACUGCCCGUGUUAAGGAAGAACGAACUAUCGAUGGUGAAGAGAUAUCAUCUUCGGGCCAUGGAGAGCAUGUAUUCUCUGACAAUUCCAAUGAAACUUCUGAGGCUCGCUUCAUGCCGCUAGACACAUCCUGUCUAUUGCGAGCGCAGGAGAAGAAAAUGAUGGAGAAAAUUGAAGCCAUUAAGUCAGAACUGCCCAUUUACUGGAAGGUGAUGAACAAGAGCGAUGUUUGUGUCCACAAGCGUGGCAGCCCCUCUCCAGUCUUUAGCUCGCAGUACAUAUCCCGGUACCUCGCAGAAAAGUAUGCUACGGGACUAACUGGUGUUCGUGGAAGGAGGGGAGCAAUCAGUUUGCUCCUUGAACGGGAUGGGAGGAAGAGGAGGACGUGGUCCUGCCAGCUGCGACGCUCGAUUGAUCGUACGAGGAUCGCUAAAGGAUGGCCGUCUUUCGCCCGCGACAACCACCUGCAGGCGGGUGACCUCUGCCUAUUCGAGGUGCUGAGGAACGAGGAGCAGCUGAAGAUGGUGGUCUACAUCAUUCGCCGUGAAGAGUGUUAGCUUCAGGCUCUUGUGUGCUGCUUGGAUGAUUUUGAACUCCGGAAGUGAAAAACAAUGCGUCUUAUCUUUCUGUUUUCUGGAACCUGGCAAUGCUGCUUAAUUAUCUCCUAAUGAGUCCGGUAAGAAAAAAACUAGCUAUUUGUAUAUCGUUAGAGGUUAGCUCAGAGGUUUCUUAGUUCUGUGAGUACAUUUGUUGGAGUAGACAAAUUUUGAAUGGUCAAGUACUAAAGUUUGAACAACUUCUGAUAAGUUGCUGGUGUUUGAGGGAA